CGUGCCGUCUGUUACGGAUGAAUCACGAGAUAACUCGGGUUUUCUACAUUUUGUCUAUUUAGGUGUUUAUAUCAGUAGUCAAUGUAUUAAACUCGAUUGUCUUCAUGUUUUUUUUUUUUUUUUUUUUUGCUUAUUUACCGGUUUUGAUUGCAUUUUGGUAAUUCGAAUAAUCGCUAUCUUCGUCUUCAAAUUCCUCGUGCUUUUAGAAAUGACCUCUUUCAGAAAACGGAAGGAAAUGAACGAAACUGAAAUAUUUUCGGAAGUUUUUGACGAUAAUUUAUCAGAUGUUCCUAGUGAGAAUGAAAAUGUGGAUGACUGUUUUGAUGGUUGUGAGGACGAUUCUAGUGACAGUGACAUUAUUAGACCUGUAAAGAAGCGUAAGGUAGCAGUGCUUUCAAAUGAUUCCGACACUAACGAAGACUAUGAGCCACUAGAUUUGAGCAAAUAUGGACAUUCUGGCACUUUAAUGAUAACACGACAAUGGACAAUAGAGACUCUAAGAGACUCUUCAAAAUUCAACCUGGAUUAUUUCCUCCAUAAAUUCAAGACAAUAUACAGAGCAAAGCAACAGUUGUUUUUGGACAAGGGAAUAAUUCCAUGGAGAGGACACCUAAGGUUUCGAACCCUGCAAAGAUUAUAAGUAUAUUUACUUGUUAGGCUGGUGUGCGAGAGUGACACAGGUUAUAUCUGCAAUAUGGAGAUUUACACUGGUGAAUGGAAAAAAUUGGAAGAUAUUGUUAGAAGAAACAUCAGAAUGAUAUCAACAAUUCAUGACACUUCUGUCUCAAAUACAGGAAAGAAAAAUAGAGAAACUGGAGAGGAUAUAGUAAAACAUGUGUGUAUAAAUCAAUACAAUGACCACAUGAAAGGAAUUGAUCAGUACCUUUUAUAUUAUUCUAUUCUAACGAAAACAAUGAAAUGGACAAAAAAAGUCAUCCUUUAUCUCAUAAACUGUGGACUUUUCAAUUGUUUUAGAAUCUACAAUGCCCUGAAUCUAGA